AUGAAAAAAUUGUUAUAUCCUCUACUUGUAUUUAUAACUUGUAUAAGCGCCACAUUUAACAACAUAUGUAAUCCUGAUGUAAAUGAAAAUAUGUGUUCUACUCAAUGGCCAGUAGGAAGUCAACGGCUAGAAAAUUACAUGGCUACUGAUGUAUCAAAAAAUAUACUUCAAGGUAAACAACAAUGUAUUAAGCCUCAUAAUGAAACAGAUGAGUGUUUUCAGCAACAUUUUUAUGACAAACAAAUGUAUUUACCUUCAAAUAUUAAUCCGCUAACUCGACCUUCGUACGAACAACAAACACCUAAUCUUGGAUGUUUAAACCAGAAUACUUAUCCUACACCUGUACAGCCACGCCCCUUUUAUGAACAACAAGCCCAGUUACCAUCAUUUAUACAACCAACAACAAGAGCUGUAAUUCAGCAGCCAGUACAAUUACCAUCAUAUGUACAACCAAUUCAACCAACUACACGGCCUGCAUGUCAACCCAAUCCUCAGGUUUCCUUUGUGCAACCUCAACAAGUAAGUAUCCAACCACAAACUUUCAACCCACCUCCUCAAGCACUCAUUCCUCAACAAAUGCCUAUACAAUACUCACCCCAAUGUUAUAAACAGCCUCAACAGAAUUUUUCUUGUCAAGUACCACCACAACAAUCUUUUAACACGUGUAAACCUAGACAAGAAUGCCGUUCAUAUCAGCCCUGUACACGUGAAUCACAACAAAUACAAGAUUUCAGAUGUGAUAUAAAUGAACCAGAAUACAACAGAUUCAGUGAAUCAUGCACACCCUAUUCAGAUUAUUCGUAUGACUACGAUAGACCAUAUAAAUCUAAUAGAAAAAGAAGGAAAAAUUACAAGAAAUAUCAAGACGAUGAUGAUUCUUCAUCUGAAAGAUCUAGUCGAAGGAGUUCGAAAGAUGUAAAAAAAUUAUUAAAAAACGCAUUUUACAUUGUCGACCCGAAAUCUCAACUCCAUUAUCAAAUACAAGACAGUGUUAAAAGAGCAGAAAAAGUUAUGCUAGUUGGAAAUAAUGGCAAUGGAAGAUAUAGAAAUCGUCUUAUGGAUAAUGACGAUGAUGACGAAGGCACACAAAACAUAUUUCAAGACACUAAAUUUUCACCAAAUAGGAGCAGAUUAAAUAAUAGAAAAUUAAAAAGUAAAUUGUUAUCAAGUUUACGCGAAAAUAAAAUAUUAAAAAAUGAAUUAAAAAAAAGCAAGAAAAAAGAAAAAAUUUCUACAAAAAUUAAAGCUAAAAAACAGCAGCUAGAAAAUGAUAGUGAUGAAGAAAUUGCUGCAGAUUUAAUUGAUGAUGAAAAACAAGAAAAUUUACAAAUAGAUACUAAACAAAAAUCUAAAUUGAAGGGCGAAAAAACACUUACACAAAAUUUAAUAGAUGACAAAGAAAACUUGGCAGAUGAAAAAGAAAAUUUGGUAGAUGAUAAAGAAAAACAGGAAGACAACACAGACCUUAUUAAUGAUGAUGAUUAA